AUGAUGGCUCUCGUUAUGGAACCUAUUAGCAAGUGGACGCCCAAGCAAGUAGUGGAUUGGAUGAAAGGCCUCGAUGACUGCCUCCAACAAUACAUUAAAAACUUUGAAAGAGAAAAGAUCAAUGGCGAGCAGCUGCUGCACAUCACUCAUCAGGAGCUUGAGGAACUGGGAGUCACUCGGAUUGGCCACCAAGAGCUCAUUCUGGAAGCAGUUGAUCUGCUCUGUGCAUUGAAUUAUGGUUUGGAGACUGAAAACCUGAGAACUCUGUCUCACAAGCUGAAUUCCUCAGCCAAAAAUCUUCAGAACUUUAUAACGGGUAGAAGGAGGAGUGGCCACUAUGAUGGCAGGGCCUCCAGACGACUGCCAAAUGAUUUUCUUACCUCUGUAGUUGACCUGAUUGGUGCUGCCAAGAACUUACUAGCCUGGCUGGACAGGUCUCCAUUUGUCAGUGUGACAGAAUACUCAUUGCUGAAAAACAACAUCGUUCAACUGUGCCUGGAACUUACAACCAUUGUGCAACAGGAUUGUACAGUGUAUGAAACAGAAAACAAAAUUCUUCAUGUGUGUAAAACCUUGUCUGGGAUUUGUGACCACAUCAUUUCGCUCUCAUCCGAUUCUCUGGUGUCACAGUCAGCACAUCUUGAGGUAGUUCAUCUCACCAGCAUUAUGCCCAGUGAGGGUUUGGGAAUGUAUAUCAAAUCAACAUAUGAUGGGCUACAUGUAAUCACAGGAACAACUGAAAACUCUCCUGCUGACCAGUGUAAGAAGAUCCAUGCUGGUGAUGAGGUGAUCCAGGUCAACCAUCAAACUGUGGUUGGCUGGCAGUUAAAGAACCUAGUAAAUGCAUUGUGGGAAGACCCAAAUGGAGUGAUUUUAACCUUGAAAAAACGUCCUCAGAAUACCCUGGUUUCUGCUCCUGCCCUCCUGAAGAAUGUGAGGUGGAAGCCUCUUGCACUUCAGCCUGUAAUUCCAACCAGUCCAACCAGCAGUUCUACAACACCAACGAGUACAAUGGGCAUGUCCUCAAAAAUGGACAACUCCACGCUCCAAGAUGUUUUCAUUCUGUCUCCCAUGUCAGGACUUUAUGGCCCCAGGGAUGAAAUUGGAAUAAUGUCUUGUGAUGACAUCAGCAAAUUUGGAAAGUCCGGGAUGAAAGGCUCUGACUCUCCAAGCUAUUUUCUGGAGCAUGAAAGUGGGAAAUACUACACCCUAAUCGAGAGCGAAGGCCACCAUGUGGGCUCUGAGUAUGAGAGAAGCAGAGCUACAGGAGUGCGGAGGAGAGAAAAAACACCCACUCAUGGAGAUUUAAGGCCUGUUUCUAUGCCUACUGAGUACAGUUGGAUAGAGGAGUCAAAAGAGCAAAACAUGUACAAGAGGGGAAGCAGAGACUCUGAGAAUUCACUCCUGCGAUAUCUGAGUGACGACAAGAUACUGGUUAUCCAGGAAGAGCCUUUGACACAAAAAGACAACAAAAGGGACACAGGUCGUAGAUCAAGAAAAAAGGGCAAACCCCCAAGCAGUACAAAUUACGCUAUUAGUCCAUCUGUAUUGGCAUCUACUAUUAAUAUUAGGCUUGAACCUGGACAGCAAGAUGGCUUGAAUUUCUCACUGGCAGAAAACAAUACAGUUCCACUUUAUCAUAGAGCAGGAGACACAAUCAGCGGAGAUACUGAAAGAUAUGCAAGUUCUGCCAUUGACCAUCAAGGAAGCACAUCCAUGAGGAAGUCAUUCCAUUACGCUUCCCUCAGGGUAAAAAGCAGAAAAUGGUCAAAAGGGAGCUCUCUAACGAGUGGGAGCAGAAGACGGAUUUCCUGCAAAGACUUGGGGCAUGGAGAUUGUGAAGGUUGGCUGUGGAAGAAGAAGGAUGCCAAAGGUUAUUUCACCCAGAAAUGGAAAAAGUACUGGUUUAUUCUGAAGGAUUCAGCCUUGUACUGGUACACAAACCAAAAUGAUGAAAAAGCAGAAGGAUUCAUUAGUUUACCUGAGUUCAGGAUAGACAGAGCAAUUGAAUGCAGACGAAAACAUGCCUUCAAAGCAUGCCACCCCAAAAUAAAGAGCUUCUACUUUGCAACAGACUGCCUCGAAGAAAUGAAUAGAUGGAUGAAUCGUUUGGGGCUCGCAGCAAUUGGUUACACACCUGAUGACAAGGAUAUUCAUCCAGAUGAAGCAGAUUACUGGAGUGAAAGCGACCAGGAUGACAUUGAUGGCUCUUUGACCCUGAAGCAGGAAGGCUCUUCAACACUAUGUGACAGCUAUCAUCGAACACCCUCAGUGAAUUCCUCAAGUCCGUUCCCUGAAGUCAAACAAGGUCGACACUUUUCAAGUGAAUCAACAUAUUCUCAUUCUUCUGCUGAGGAUUCUCGGCAAGAUGUAGCAGGAAGCACCCACUCAUCAGGAUGCAGACCUCCCUACCGAGAGAGACGCUCAUGGCAGGAUCUCAUAGAAACUCCACUAACCAGUUCAGGGCUCCAUUUUCUUCAGACUGUUCCUCCUGAUGCAGAGUACAUGAGUGGCCAGCCUGGAAUGUCACCAGACAGACGAAGACAAGCAACGCUACCGGUCCAGAGACGACACAAUUAUGAGCAGGAUGGGCCUUUCCCUUUGGUGGAAUGUCAAAGGGGACAUAACUCUCGUAGCAGGCCACAGCAGCAGCGUAGUCAAAGCCUUCCCCGAAACAGAGAUGUGAGGUGUAAGGGCCAUGUAAAGUCCAUAGAAGGAACAGAUGACAAGCUAGAAGAGAAAGUUCCUAUUAGAAGGCAUAAUAGUUUCUGUGCUGAAGAAAAUGUAAAAGAAAUAGGAGAAAGUCCAGAUGGUCUGCAAGAGCUCUACAGAUCCCUGGAACAAGCCAGUUUGUCAGCGUUUGGAGAGCAGCGUCCUUCCACCAAGCAGGAGUUCCGCAAGUCUUUUGUAAAGCGAUGUAAUGAUCCAGUUAUCAAUGAAAAGCUGCACCACAUCAGAGUUCUCAAGAGCACUUUAAAAGCAAAGGAAGGGGACCUUACUGUUAUCAAUAGUCUUCUGGAUGAUCCCAACUUAACAUCAAAGAAGUUUAAAGACUGGAAACUAAAGAACUAUGAGUUUUUCCUGGACAUUUGUGAGUACAGUGCUGCUGUGAAAUCUCAAAAUGGAGCCUCUGAAAUUGCAUCCUCAGCACCAAUGCUGACACAUACACACUCCUUCAUUGAAACUCACGUGUGA